GUUCUCGUGGAGAUUACUGGAUGAUUUUGAGAUGGGUGGAGUGGUGCGGAGGGCAGCUGGAGAGGGGGCCAUACACAGCAGAGAUCGUCCAACAGUGUGUGGUUCGAAAGUACACCAUGUAGAGAAUUUACUUCAGUCGAUCGCAUGUUCUGCCAGCAAAUGCACGGUGGCAUCAAUUUCAAAGCUCAUUUUUUCGCCGUUUGUUCUUGAAUGAGUUUUCUUAUUUAGUGUCUAAAGUGUGGAAGGAAAAAAAGAAGCUUUUUCCCCUCACUCGAGUUGUUUAUUGCGAACGUUUUGCGAGGCGUGCUGAGCUGAUCACCUUGAUCUCAAAGGGACGCUCUGUUGGAUUUAUUUUCUUCCUUCUAUUUUCUUCUUCUUGUGAGUGUGAGUGUUGAAUUUUGUGAGUGAAAAAUGCCUGCGGAAAAAGUUGGUCCCAACCGGAUUAUGCCAUCCGAUACGUACACAAUUACCGAAAAGGAUGCCUACGCUAAGCUGAGGAUCGGUGAAUCGGGAAUUGCAGCACAAGAUCCCAUCUCAGUACCAACACUCCUCAAUAGAGCUGCUCGGGACUAUCCAGAUCAUCCUGCUCUUGUGCACAAGAAUGCAAUGAAUGUUUGGCAGAAGGUGACCUACUCGGAGUAUAAAGCAAAUGUUUACAAAGUGGCGAAGGCAUUCAUUAAACUUGGCCUGGAGCCCCGGCAUUCUGUUGGGAUUCUAGCCUUCAACAGUCCCGAGUGGUUCUACUCUGAAUUGGCUGCCAUCCAUGCGGGUGGCAUCGUGACGGGCAUCUAUACGACAAACUCUGCGGAUGCUGUUUACCAUGUACUAAGCACUUCAGAGGCAAACAUUGCGAUCGUGGAUGAUAGUAAGCAAAUGGAGAAAGUUCGAUCCAUUAGGCACAAAUUGCCACAUCUAAAGGCUGUUGUCCAAACUUUGCCCCCAUACGAACCCUUCGUGAAGCGUGAAGAUGGAUACUAUCGUUGGUCGGAACUGGAGGAGAUGGACGUAGAGGAUUGCACGGAGGAGCUCAAUAAGCGCCUAGCACGGAUGGCUAUCAACGAGUGCUGCUGCUUGGUCUUUACGUCUGGCACGGUGGGCAAUCCCAAAGGGGUCAUGCUGAGUCAUGAUAACAUUACAUGGGACGCCUUCACCAUUGGCAAACGUCUACCGGGGAUUCAGUAUGGGAAGGAGGUGCUCAUCUCCUACUUACCGCUGAGUCACGUAGCUGCCCAGAUUGUGGACAUCUUUCUCACGCUCCAGUUUGCCGUGACGGUGUACUUUGCGGACAAGGAUGCACUCAAAGGGACUCUCGUUAAGACACUCCAAGAGGCACGACCAACACGCUUCCUCGGUGUUCCGCGUGUCUAUGAGAAAAUCCAAGAGAAGAUGCUUCAGGUUGCGGCUCAAAAUGGGGGAAUAAAGAAAAUGAUUGCCACAUGGGCUAAGUCUGUUACCCUUGAGCAUCACAUGAACAUCAUUGAGGGUAAUCCAUCGGCCAGCUGGCAGUACAAAGUGGCCAAGAAUAUUAUCUUGAGCAAAGUGAAGCAAGCUCUGGGGUUGGAUCGAUGCCAAACAAUUGCCAGUGCUGCUGCCCCAAUGGCCCCGGAGCUGAAGAAGUACUUCAUGAGCCUCGAUUUACCCGUAAUGGAGGCUUUUGGGAUGUCAGAAACCACCGGUGGGCACUCCCUGACAAAUCCCGAUGCCUACAAUUUCAACACAAUCGGGAGGCAACUACCUGGGACUGAGACGAAGAUUCACGAAGCUGACGACAGGGGCCACGGGGAGAUUUGCAUGCGCGGCAGGAAUAUCUUUAUGGGCUACCUGAAUGAGCCGAAGAAGACGGAGGAGGCUCUCGAUGACGAAGGAUGGCUCCAUUCUGGAGAUAUUGGGUACAUUGACGAUCGUGGCUUCCUCUACAUCACAGGACGCCUCAAGGAGCUCAUCAUUACAGCUGGUGGGGAGAAUGUUCCACCUGUCCAUGUUGAGCAUCUCGUUAAGAAUGAAUUGCCCGUGGUUAGCAAUGCAUUCCUCGUUGGUGAUCAACGGAAAUACCUCACGAUGCUCAUUGCUCUUAAGACUGAAAUGGACGCUGAGAGUGGAGCUCCAAAGGAUGAAUUGCAUCAUGAGACAACGGCAUGGCUGAAAGGUCUCGGUGUUGAUUAUGGGAAACUCUCAGAGAUUCAUGCAGCUGGACCGUGUCCCAAAGUACUCAAAGCCAUUGAAGAAGGCAUCACCAGAGCCAAUAAAUUCGCAACGUCCAAUGCUCAGAAGAUUCAAAAAUUCAAGCUUCUUCCGCACGACUUCUCUGUGCCAACUGGUGAAUUGGGCCCCACGCUCAAAGUAAAGCGAAAUGUUGUCGUGAAAAUGUAUGAGGAAUUGAUUGAGAGUCUCUACAGGGACUAGAGAGGAGCUCUACUGAAGUAUGGGAAAAAAGAGAGAGAGGAAGAAAUUUGUUGAGGAAGGUAUAAUUUUUUUUCUGAGAAAAUAAUAUAUACCACCAACAUUCUGUGCCACAAAGAAUAUUUAAGUUUGUAUACCAAGUCCAAAGUCACACGAGGGGAAAUUUACUUAAUGUAGCAAAUAAGAAAUCUUUAUUUCAAAAUACUUCCUAAAUAAAAUUUUUUUGAGAGGAAAAGAAUUGCUCUACAUGCUUACAAAAAAAUAUAUGGGGGAUAAAAUAUUAAUGUUAAUUCAUUUAUAGGCUAAUUUACAUUCAUUUUGAUGUUUCUUAAAUACUAUACAGGGUGUUUACAUCUUAUAGGUAGGAGAAAUAAAAGAAAAAAAAUUGCAAAAUGGGGGUGCGUAGCAUAGAAAAGGGGAUGCUAUACAUGAUGUUGCCACUUUAGCAACAAAUUAUUUGUUUUAUGAGUACAAAAAAAAGAGCAACAUUAAAUAUUGUGUUGUGAAAGGAAAUUCUUGGCAAAAAUGAAAAGAGUGAUAUAUAAAAUGUAAGCAAAAUGAUUCAUUGUUUAACUGAGGAGGAAGUGUAAUAAAUUUUUUAUGAGCCUUUAA